ACAGGAUGUGUCAUACUGUCAAAUAAUGGCGGGCGAAGAUGUUAGUCAUAGUUGUUUUCUGUUUACUUUGAAUUUUAACAUGUAAACAAUUAUUAAAAAAAAACACGAUGCCUAAAGCGAUACGUAAAAUGCUCCAAAAUGGAUAUUCACACGACGAACCCGAUCGAAUACCGAAUAAUAUAACUAUAAAGAAUUUAGAUAUAAUUAUGUAUGUGGUGGCUAUAGUUGGACAUCUAGUGGACCUCGGCCUGGAUAUUAAUGUGGCUGUAAGAUAUUCUUUAGCACAAAAGAUGGUGGAGUUCGGGUGGACGUUGACGUUCAUCCUUUUACCGGCUUUCGUUAACACCGCUGUCUCCAUUCGUAUGUAUGCUCAAGAUAAGCAGCAGGAUUCAGUAACAAAUGAGAUCACGAAGCGGCACUGGCUGAGAAUCUUCAUCCUAGUUCUGCAACUGGCUCCUAUACUCAGAUUCACCGAUGCUCUCAUUUAUGCAAUAAAGUCUCGUAGAGCAGCACGCAAGCGUGACACAUCAUCUCAGAGGAUGUACUAUGGGUUAAUGCUGAAGGAAGACUCUGAUGCAGCUCUGCUGAGGGUCUUUGAGUGCUUUUUGGAGGCAGCGCCACAACAAGUCCUUCAGACCAGUCUCCUGUUCCGAGCUUAUGAUCAACUUGCAUUGCAUCAAAUCCUGUCUAUUAUGUCAUCGGUGGUGGGCAUGGGGUGGUGCCUGGCGGCCUACCAGCGCGCGGUGCGGUUCGCACAACAGGAUAAGGAGAAUAUGGGCUGGUGCGGAACAGCUCUGCAUACAGCAUGGCACUUCCUUGUUACAUUAAGUCGAGUGCUAUCUAUAGCUAUCAUCGCCUACCUCUACCCGUACUGCACGGUGUUGGCGUGCAGUUGCCACGUGCUAGCCAUGUCCGUAUGGCUUCAGAUAUGCGAGCGGCCGCCAUUUUGUGCGCAUAACAAGAUGGCGGAGCUCGCUUUCUCGCUCGCACUCGGCGGUGUCUACCUUUUCACAUACAUCCUGCCGGUGGAAGGUAGGACUAGAUAUAGAUAUACAGUUUACUAUACUAUAUGUUUCUUUCAGAAUGUAACUUGCACUAUUUUAUGGUAUUUCUUUGUUGAUAAUGCUAUGAGGUCUUCGUUGUACUUUUAUCCAGUUUUAGUGCUGAGUUUUGUGCCGUUUUUGUUAGGUUUAGUGUUUAUGGUGAUUUAUUAUUCAUUCUUUCAUCCGAAAGUUUGUGAUAAAAGUGAUCAGAUUGUUGUUAGAUAUAAGAAUGAUGAAACUGUAAUGGAAGUUAGUUCAUAGCAUAUUUUUUAAAUAUUUUUUUUAGUUUUUGUUAAUUUAAUAAUAUUUCUUGUACCAUUCCAACUAUAGUGUGUCGAAAUACUUUAGAUUAGUUUGACAAUUCACUUCAAAUUUAGUAGUGAUGGGUUGU